AUAGGCUAACAAUAUAAAAAAGUUUAACAAUAGGUAGCUAGUGAAUUUUGCGAGUUUUAAAAACGAGUAUUGAAAAGAAAAAACAUUAUUUCUGCGUCGGUUUUAUGUGAGCAAAGCAAUUUGGUUAGCAAGCAUUGAUCGGUGACCAGCGAAAAGGACAAGAAUGGAAAAUAAUGAGCUCGAGAUAGAAGUUAAAAAAGGUCACAUCAAACGACCGAUGAAUUCGUUUAUGGUUUGGUCCCGCUUGGAACGAAAGAAAAUUAGCGAAGCCAAUCCGAAAAUGCAUAAUUCUGAGAUAUCUAAACGUCUUGGUGCCUCAUGGAAACUUUUAACGGAAGAAGAAAGAAAACCUUACGCUGAAGAAGCAAAGCGUUUACGUGAUUUACAUAUGGAGGAACACCCCGAGUAUAAAUAUCGUCCGAAAAGAAAACCAAAAGUCGGUCUAAUAAGUCAGGAAAAAAUACCUCUACCUUCACAGGCUAAUCGACCUACCGCUAUGUCUAUUCCAGAGUAUUCAAAGCAAAGGUCCGGAACUGUUCCAAUGUACGCAGGUUAUCACCACAUCCCUGCUCAUCAAUAUGUUGGACAUCCACGUGUUGUCAAUUUACCAGAAGGUGUCACCACGAUCCAUUACCCGUCAUCGCGCUAUCAUUAUCGCUCUCACAGUCCAAUUGAAAAGCGUCGAUCUCGUAGUCCCUUUGACAGAGACUUCCGCCGUCACAGUCCUGACUUAAUAUAUCACCCGAUAAGUCCACAAGAACACCACUCAUUUAGAGGUGAUUACAUAAAGAGUACAAGAGAGUACCGGCGCAGUGUCUCACCAGUGGCACCACAUAGUAAACCUCAAAGCAAUUCGCCCAAACGUGAAAAGAGUCCCACGGAAGAAGAUACAACAGAUCGCAAGAAUUCUCAACGCAAUAAACGAAAAGGUGUUGAUGAUUUGCUGGGUGAAAAAAUGAAGGAGCAAGCUCGUGAUGAACAGUCGAGGCGAAGCGGCGACGAGAAUUUUAAUUCUUCAUUUGUACGAUACAAUGAGAGAAGUCCUAUUGCGUAUCGGAGUACUGCUCCAUACGUUGUUCCCGUACCUGUUAUUCUGCAGCCAAGAAGUUCUCAUAUGUCGCCCGAUGUAUGCUAUAAGGAAUGCUGCAUGGUUCCUGCAGUGCAGUAUAUAACGAGCGGAAUGGAAUAUCAUAAUAAGUACAUACCUCGCCACAGUGUGCGCACUCACUCUAGCACUAACUCUACAUCGAAACGUUGCCGUUGUUCAGAUUGUGAAGAAGGAGCACACAGACAAUUCUACGAAUAUAAAUCAUAUCCACGUUCUCCUAAGUAUGAACACGAAGUAAAAAAAGAAGCUGCAGAAUGCACGAACGAGUGUGAUGACAGUACAAGUGGUCGUCCUCCAAGAAGUAAAGACCGGAGUCUUUCACCGUGACGAUUUUGAAAGUCAACUUUGUUAAUGUUGUGUAAAUAUCUCGUUUGUGUAAAUGAUAGGAUAUAUCAUAAAACUAA